AUAGAAUUCGUCACCUGGGAGGCCUAGCCAAGGCCUAGUGAAAAAACACGGAAAUUCAAGAAUCCAUGUGUUUAAAUACUAUACAGGGAAUAGAAUUAACAAUGUCAGUAAUAUUUAAGGUAUUAUAACUAUGAAUUCUGUGGCUGAAAACAUUGACUCUCUUGGCAAACAUUUACUUGGUUCUACACUGCUUGGCCCACAUCUGGUCCAGCCUGUUAUUACCGUUGCAGAGUGUAAACGCCGUUUGAAGACAUGUGCAUAUAACAGUCUUUUUCGAUAUCAACCAGGGCCGCAUAGUGCAACCAAAAUAGUGCGCAACGAAGGGGGAUUUAGUGUUUAUGAGAACUUGCUGGUGAAUGUUUACAAAUUGAGGGAAAGACGAUUGUAUGAUGGCGCUAGCCGACUGGAGGAGCUCGUUGAAAAGCUUGCUGCAAAAGUUGAAGAUCUUAAUACAGAAACAAAAGCUCUUUUACAAUUACUCUUGUUGUUGGCUGGUAGUGAAGAAACAGUGGCAGAAGUACCUAUUGGCCACAAACCUCUUAGGUUACCAAUUUCUACGCAUGUAAACAAGAACAAGGUGAGGUUGCCAGGUGGACCCGUCUUUCAUGGAGAUUCUUGUCAGGUGCAUGAUAUUCAGCUUAAUGGCUAUCCACACUAUUCUAGACUUCUUUAUUACCUCUUAUUCUGUUCAACUCAUGUACAGCAGUCCGUCUUGCUUGGAUCAGCAGAUCUUCUCGUGCCUUCUCCAACCUAACUUCCUGAACAAAAACCAAAGCAUAUCAAACAAUGGCAGCAGAGUCCAUGCAAUGCAGGGGUAGAAUAUGAAAAAGUUUGAAGCAAGUAGUAUGAACAAACAUUGAGAAUUCUAGGAAGAAUAUUGCAAACCUUGAUAGUCUUUAAGAAGAUCAUACAACAAGCAGAGUACUGCAGAGUAGAACAGAACAAGAGAACACAGAUGAGGAGGAGGCGGAGCUUAGUAUUUACUGUGUCAUCUGGUUUGCCGAGAACCAUCAGACAUUUUCAAAUAUGUUUAAAAAAGGUAUGAUCAAAUCUUUGACUUGUUAGUUAGAAAUCUUUCUUUAUUCUUGAUACUCAGUAUUUUUACACUGUUCUUCCCUGAGGUCCAGGGUAUUAUUUGUUUGUUGAUAAGAACUAAUCAAAGGGUCAAUCUUGAGUGAUCAUGAUAUACAGUUCUCUGUAAUACAUGAUUACACACUAUUGUGUACUGGAUAACAGUAGAACUAUACUACAAAGCACAUACCCUAUAUACAAUAUAUAGGGUCUGUGUACAAAGUAGGCCACAAAAAUGAAUAGCAAUUAUACUAUAAAGACAUCUAUACAGAUUUAGAUGAUUUAUUGUCAAAGUAUAUCAUGAAGAAAUAUAAAAUGGAAUUGGUUUGAAUGCAGGUUAACAUUUACAAAUAAAGGUAUAUAACAAAAGCUAAGCUUGCUGUUAAUUAUAUAUAGUAAUAACAAUUAUACUCUACAUACAUAUCAGAUUCAGAUAAUUUAUUGUCAAAGUGUACAUGAAAAUCUAUAAAUUUAUUAGGUUGUAUACAGAUUAAAUUUUUGAUGAAUGGAAAAAAAAAAGCCAAGCUUAACUACCUAAAUCAUAUACAGAGUAUUCCUUUUUAUGAUGAUGAAAUAAUAAAAUGCUUACAAACCCCCUUUUAAAUAUAUCCCUGUCCCACUACUUUGAAUCAGAUUAUUUACGCAGGUUUAUAAGAAAAAUUAAAUAUAUACCAAAAUAAUCAAUCUGACUCAGUGCAUCUUAUUCAUUUAAUGGAUGAAUGCCCAUAGGUGUAUUUAUAAUAUACACUCUGUUGUGUGCUUGUUAGGUUUUUUUAUACAGAAAAAAUAUA